AUGGAGCUGCGGUCAGGGCGUCGCCUCCGCUCGCUACCUACAUGGCUAUCUACGCCUCGACCUCGCCCUAGUCGACGGCCGCCUGUCUUCCCUGAUGGCGACGGGGCGGACAGGAUCAGCGCCCUUCCGGAUGAGAUGCUGCUGGAGAUCCUCGCCCGCCUCCGCUGCGCCCGCGCCGCCGCCCACACGAGCGGCCUCUGGAGGCACCUCCGCGAGCUCUCCUUCCGCGGCAUGCCGGCCGACGCAAUCGACGCAGCCCUCGGCCAGGUCGCCUGCCAGGCUCUGUCCUUCCUCGAGGUAGACAUCCCUUAUGAGCACAGGGUUUUGGGCUAUGCCCGCGUCUCGGCGCUGCUCCUUGCCACGGCGCGCCUUGCGCCGGUAGACCUCGUAUUCAGUCUCUGGGGGAACUGUAAAGAUGGCAACUUUCCAUUCGAGAUCCCCUGCUUCGAGCGCGCCACCUCGGUCAAGCUGGAUAUGGUGGGCCUUUAUCUAAUCCCGCCGGCAGGGGCCGUCGAGUUCCCGCUGCUGGAGAAGCUGUCCGUCGUCUGCUGCCACAUCGACACGGCGGAGCUGGUCCGUCGGUGCCCUCGCCUGCGCGUGUUCGAGAUCCAGGUUUAUCCCUCACAAGAUGUCGCCGCAAGCCGUAUCAAAGUCCACUCACCCACGAUUGUGGAGCUUGUGGUGGAUGUGGGUGGCUUCCAACUGGAUGGCCUGGACAUCAUAGCCCCCGUGCUUACGCGUUUCAGCUUGUUGACCAACAUUGCCAAGGAUUCCACUGUUUCGUUCUCAGCUCCAAUGGUGGAAAAUAUCGUGUGGGAUUGCUCGUUUAAGCGCAAUAAUGUCGGGUUUGGUGAUAAAUGGCGUCUGCACUACCUGAAGCUAGUGAUGAAGGAGAACGUAGGCGUCCUACAGAUGAUGAUAUCUUGUCGGGGUAAGAUGCUACCUCACCGGACCAUUUCUCAGGAGAUAACACAGCUUCCUGCCUUUUCUGUUUUGGAGUUAGAUUUACAAUCGAAAAAUCAUUGUAUUGGAGCACUUGUAUCGCAUCUGCUUGGAGUCUGUUCCUAUAUACGAAGACUCAAGGUGGAUAUUGAAUCAUACUAUGUGGGCGAAGAAACAUGCUCACCAAAUUGUCCUUGUGAUCAACCCCAAAACUGGAGAAAUGAAAUUAUCUCUUUGACAGCUCUUGAAGAAGUGGAUGUUACAGGUUUUGAUGGAACUGAGAAUGAUGUUGAUCUCCUGAAGCUUCUCUUCAGAUGUGCGCCUUUGAUGAAGAGCAUGACAGUUGUAUUGGCCCCUGAGUCUUCUUUACCAACCGACCAAGAUUGUGAAGAAAUCUAUAACAUGUUUGAGGCAAAUCCUCAUGUCAAAUGCUCUGUUGAUCGCAGCCGUUGGGGCUAAGCAAGGUUAUGAAUCCAUGGUCCCUGAUCUGUCUUGUCAAAAGUUGAGUUCAUUUAUUUCCCUGGCCUAGUUUUAUGCUGUUGCUUAAGUAACUAGAUCAGUUCGAUCAACAUGUGCCCUCUGUCUCGGCUACCAAAUGAAAUGCAUGUAUGUAAGACCGGUUCUUUGGUUCAGACUAACGAAAGGGAUCAUGCCCAGAUCUUAAUGUUCAGCUCUUAGCUCAAUAUAUGUGGUAAAGUUCUAGUAGAAA